UCGCUUUGUUGUCAAAUCUUCAUAAUUAAAGCCGUUCUUUUGAGUAUGGAAGAUCUGCUUCCUAUCACUGAAACUGAACAAGCUUCAUUCUGUGUUGAACUUACGAAGCGGCUCAACAUGCAGAGGAAACAAGGGCAUUUAUGUGACUUAACUUUGGUGACGAAAGAAGGUAAAGAGUUGAUGGCUCACAGUAACGUGCUUUCCGCCGUAAGUCCGUUCUUUCACAAGCUUCUUCAGAGCGAUAUGAAGGAAAGCCAUGAAAGAAUUGUUCGGCUUGAGGAGAUUUCAGGAUCCGUUAUGGAGGAUGUUUUGAAUUUUACCUACACAGGAACUGUAGAGGUGACAGAGGAAAAUGCCGAGGAACUCAUCGUUGUAGCAAAUUAUCUACUAAUAUCAAGCUUGAAAGUUAUUUCCGGUAGAUUUCUAGGGCAGAUAAUGAACCACUCAAACUGUAUUUCAACCUUUUACCUAGCUGAGAAAUAUCAUUGCGACGAACUUUUCACCGAAAGUAAGAAUUUCAUCCAAGAAAAUUUCGCUUCUGUGGCUUUCAUGGAUGAAUUUCUAAGUUUGGAAUCGAAUGAAGUCGAAAGGUGGCUUUCAAACGAUGAGAUCACGGUGAAAGUGGAAGCUGAUGUGUUUGAAAUCAUUGAAAAGUGGAUUAAACGCAACAGAAGUGAGCGGAUUGCAGAUUUGGAGAAAUUGUUUCGUCUCGUUCGGCUGGAUUUCUUAUCGCGUGACUACUUGAUUGAUGUCGUGACAAACGAACUUAUACAAGAAAACCCCAUUUGUUUGAAGAUGGGUUUGGAAGCAUUGAAGAAGACCACUUUCUCAGAUGAAGGAGACCAACAGCAAUCGCCGAGAAAAGGGGUCGAAACAAGUGCCAUUGUAGCCUGUGGAGGAAAAUAUACUUUUUGUUAUCUUCCUGAGAAGGACCAGUGGAAACGUCUAGCCGACAGCUCGUCGAACAAAUACGGGAAUCUUAAGGUGAUAAGAUUCCGCGGGCAAUUGUAUGCAUUUCCGAGUGGCUAUGGCAAUGCAGAGAGUUUUAAUCCAGUUUUAAACGGCUGGUCCACGUCAGACUUGUUUGCAAUUUAUGUUCCGGUGGUUGCCAUUAGAGGAGAAAUCUACGCAGUCGAGGUUAAGACUUCUCCGGAACAAACCAUAGUGAAAAGAUACAAUGUGGAAUCGUGUAUUUGGGAGACGCGUCUCUCGUCUCUCGAAGGCUGUAGAACGGAAGCUUGUAUCGUUGCAGCCGGCAGCCAUCUCUAUGUGCUCGGUGGAAGUCCUCCCUCAUCGUCGCAAAACGUCGCGAAAGCUGAGAGAUUUGACACGGUGGAAAACAAAUGGGAGGAAAUCGUUGACAUGCGAGAGGAAAGAGGCAAUGCUUUUGGAGUGGCCAUACAUGAGAAAAUCUUUGUCGCUGGUGGAUCGCAUAGAGAGAAAAAGUCAGUGUUGCAAACUUGUGAGGUAUAUGAUAUCUCAACGAAUGAAUGGUAUCUUACCGGAAGCUUGAUUAUUUCUCGUAAGGGCGGAAGUAUGGUUUGUCUAAACAAAAAAUUGUUCGUUUUGGGUGGAGAGAAUGACCGUAACGAGGCCGAACGGAUGAUUGAAUUUUUUGAUCCUGAGGAGGGCAAAUGGAUCCAGAAGACAACCAUACCAGUCGAAAGGAUUGCUAGAGAGAAUAGAGACACAUUUACUGGCUGCGUACUGAAGCUUUCCAAGGGAGUGCUAGACAAACUUAAAGUUAUCGAGCCGUAUUAG